AGCUGUGGAGGGUCUUCUGAGCGUCAGCUCCCAAGUGGGAUAUCUGCGUUGAAUCUCGACUGAGGUGGUUGGCAAAGGCGGGCUGUAGCAUGGCGUUUAUUCCCGGCUUCUCGGCUUCAGAGGCAGGGAUGAGAGUGGCCUUGGACGGCAUGGAUGAGGAUGGCCGCUUGACUGAGAUGUACCGCACGUCUGAUGAGGGAUGGGAGGCAGCGAAGAGCGAGUUCGUCAUGACGAGCACCAACGAGUGGGGGUCCCCGACCUGCCACCACUACUUCGCCAUCCAGUUCGUCGAGUGUGACUCAGUCUGCUGGCGCAUCGGGGUUGCCCACGAGUCCUUCCCCUCCUACGACUUGUGGACCUGGUUCAAGACCUUCGAGGUCGGCGAGCCUCCUCCUUGGGCGCUGCUCUUGGCCGGCGGCAAGUCGAGCAUCAUGGCGUAUCCCCCGAGCAUAGUGAAGUCAGGAGGCACUGAGUUCAACCUAAAGCGGCGGAAGCCUGUCUCCGUACCCAAGCUAGACUCGAGCCUCUACUUCGACCGGGCUGGACGGCUGCGCUUGCAGGCCGGGGACAUCAUCGGGGUUGGCUGUGACAUGGGAAGCCACAACAGGGACGUGGUCGUCAGCUUCUACAUCAACGGGGUCUUGAUCCACGACCCGCUACACUUGUACGCCAGCCCUGAAGAGAGGUGGGUGGCGUUU